ACUGGUUUUAUUAGGAGUACAGUUAUUUAUGAGCUUAAGGCAGAAAAAGUCCAAAUACUGAGAGUUGGCAUUUAUUCAUACAGAUUCUUUCAAAGCAAAUAGGCUCACCCAGAACAUUUAACAAACAAAAGAGCUAAUAUCAGAAGUGGACACUGACCCUGUCUAGUGCAAACUGCAAAGAGUUGGCACUGCCUUGUGGACUCUGGUACAGACAAAGCACUGGAACUGACCCAGACACAGAGGGUUGGGACAAUCCACAUAAACAGAUAACUGUUUGCCCAGCUAAUAUGGAGAAUAGUCAGGACUUGCACUCCUCUGAUUCCCCUUCAGACAACCAGGUGGCUUCUUCUCCAACACAUCAAAGACCACCAGAAAAAUGGAAAAAAGGUGGACGACUUCUAUCUGGUCUUAUUGGUUCUAAUGUCCUAUUGUUCAGCUGCACCUUGAUAACCGUUGUCUUUACUAAGGAACUGGAUAUGUGGGAGACAGACUUGCUCAUAUAUCUGUCGGUCCUGAUGCUGAUCUGCAUUCUAUGGAUGUGUUUCCAGAUGUACUUCUCCUAUAUGUACAAUGGAGCAGUCACUUACAAGGAUUGUCGGGCAGGACCUAUAUGGAUGAGAGGGAGCAUCGUCCUGUUUGGGAUUGGGACAAUCAUUAUGAACGGCUUUAGGAUCAUAAACUCAGCGAGGCGUCUGCACUGCCCGAACUACAUCAUCAACAUUAUCCACCCUGCCAUACACGCUACAUUUGUCAUUGUUCAGACUUACUUCUUGUGGGUUUCUUGCAAACACUGUGUUCAGAUGUAUGUCAACAGCACCAGGUGUGGUCUGAUGUUUUUGCUGACAGUGAAUUUGACCAUCUGGGUGAUUGCAGUGAUUGAGGAAGCCAGACAUCACACUCUUCAAAUGGAGCGAUAUCUGGAGGCAAACAGUUCAGUGACCAUGAACACAGAACACGAAGAACACUCCGAGAUCUCAGAGUCAUCUCAUUGUAAUUCCAUUCGCAGGUUUCUCCCCAUCUCAUUUAUCUAUCUGUAUCCCUUCUACAUUGAGUACAACCUCCUUUCAGCAGCCAUGGUUUACAUCAUGUGGAAAAACGUGGGGCGGCAAAUAGAUGAUGAUACAUCACAUCACCAUGGGCUGGGUCCAGGAAUUCGAGAACACAUUCCCAUCUUUGGCCUGUUCUCUGGAGUUACUAUAUUGGUCACUGGACUCGUGAUGUUUAUUUUAUAUGAAGUAGGGAGAGAGCACAACAAACCAGAUUUGCUAUCACUGACAGUGUUUUACUAUUUUCAUGUGAUCAGCCUUAGUCUUAUGAGUCUAGCCACUAUGGUGGGGAUCUCAAUAUUCAGGUUGGAUAAGAGACGCAUGGACAAUGAAAAGAAUCCUAGUCGAACGCUGGACAUGACCCUGCUCUUGAGUACUACUUUAGCUCAAUAUGGUAUCUCCUAUUAUUCUAUAAUAGCCACUGUGGCCUCCCCUCCACUCAAACUUCUCAGCUCACUUAGUCUUACAUACUCAUUAUUGAUGAUUGUCCAGCAUACUUUGCAAAACACCUUUAUUAUUGAGGGUCUCCAUCGACUCCCACCACACCUCCGCCUUAACUCACAUGGACAGUCAAACCAUCCCACAUUUCAAAACCGCCAAGGCCAAAGAAAACAUGUCACUAUUCAAGAGAUGGAGGAGGUCUCUUGUGUCCAAGAACAUGAAGAUCCACCUAUUGCCAGACGUCUGUCCAGAAGGGCUACAUUUACUGCUCAUAUAAGGAAACAUCUCAAAAAAAGAAAGACACUAAAGGAUAUUUAUUUAUUUCUCUUCCUCUCUAACAUUAUUUUUUGGAUCUUGCCAGCAUUCGGGGGUUGGAUCUGCUUUGACACUGGUCUGGAAGUAAAGUUUUUUGGAUUUUUUAUGUGGGCUGUCAUUACCAACAUCUGCCUUCCAUUUGGGAUAUUCUACCGGAUGCACGCAGCAGCCAACCUACUGGAGCUAUACAGCAUGACAUAGCAUGACACAACUCAAUCCUGCACAUGUUAUGGAACUCUAUAAACUUCUUGCACUGGAUGUUACUGGGCAGCAAAUUGUGCUAACGUUUAGGGCAAAGAGAAUGAUGCAGACAUUGUAAGCAGAAUUUAAAACGUACUCCUUAAUUUAAUGAAUAAAUGAUAUAUUCUUCAAGGCAAUAAAUUAUUUAUAUUCCAUGA